CAGCCCAUGUUAUGUUCUAUCCAGCAAGAGAGAUGAAAUGAACCAUGCCAUGAGGAAUGAGCCAAUAGCAACAGCCAGAUUGGAGCCAGUGAUUCAUUCAGGAAAUCAUAUCAGUACAGACCCGAGUUCAUCCCAUGGCAGUACCAGGCUGACUGCCCCUCACUCCGAUACCAGGCCUCUCACCUCUCAAACUUCAUUGGCUCCCAAUAGUCUGCAUUUGGAGGAAAAUCUUCCAAACAUACAGAUAAAACAGGAAUGGUCACAUCUCCUCUCUGAGAGCGAAAGAGUUUCCAGUCAUUCAGAGGUUGGGGAUACCAACAAUCUGCCUUCAGAACCUGAGUUACUGAACAGCAACUUCUCUAGUUCUUAUUCAUCAUAUUUCUUCAAUGAUGAUUCCGGCUCCACGCUGGGCUUUAUGUCAAGUGGUAAUGCUCGUCACAUGGCCAAGUUACAGCCAGUCAAUACAAAGAAACGAUCGGUUUCAAUAUCACCCCUUUCAGCUGAAGGGUUGGACAUCACAGCAAUCAUUCGCACCUCUCCAACAUCGCUUAUUGCAUGUGUCAAUGGAAUGAGGGGCAGUCCCAAUGGUCUGUUCCCUCUUUCUGGAGGAAUUGGGCAUUUAGGAGCUCGAAAGAACUGCAGUCCACAGUCCUGCUCUGUGUUAGACAGCCAGUGUAACUUGACUUCUCCUGCAUCAUCAUUGUCCUCUUUCCCAACACGCCGUGCCGAGCAAGAGGGUACUGAAGCUGAGCCUGUCCCUUUGCAACAAACUGAGGAUAACAUGGACCUCGGACUAGUAAUAGGCAAUAUGGUUGUUCAACAUGGAGUGGCAGAUGGUUGCCAUAAAAUAAACGUUUUCAAGCAUGAACCUAUUGAUGAAUAUACGCAUGAUACAAAACUGUUUCAGCAACACCAUGGGCCACCUCCCCCAUAUCAUUCCCAGCAGCAUUUUGGUCAGCCCCACGGGACCAUACACCACUUGCAUGGGCUGCCAGCCAACGGACACAUUCAGAUUGAUGAUGGAAAUGAGUUGCCCAAGAACAAUGGGAAGCAGAUCUGUCGAUGGAUAGAUUGCAACGCAGUCUAUGACCAGCAAGAGGAGUUAGUGAGACACAUCGAGAAAGUGCACAUUGAUCAGCGUAAAGGAGAGGACUUUACUUGUUUCUGGGCUGGGUGCGUGAGGCGGUACAGACCCUUUAAUGCUCGCUACAAGCUUCUGAUACACAUGAGAGUUCAUUCAGGAGAGAAGCCUAACAAGUGCAUGUUCGAAGGCUGUAAUAAAGCAUUUUCUCGAUUAGAAAAUCUCAAAAUCCACCUGCGGAGCCACACAGGGGAGAAGCCUUACCUUUGCCAACAUACUGGUUGCCAGAAGGCUUUCAGCAACUCCAGCGAUCGUGCCAAACACCAACGAACACACCUGGACACAAAACCAUAUGCUUGUCAGAUCCCAGGGUGCACAAAGCGCUACACUGAUCCAAGCUCACUGAGGAAGCAUGUCAAAGCACACUCUGCCAAACAGCAACAGGUGCGUAAGAAGCUACGUUCGGGCAAUGAACUUGAAACAGAAAUGAUGAAUGAUUGCCUGGCUAAUCAGCCUCUUCAAACUUUGGCUUCACCCCCUAAUUUAACAAGCAACACAACUGGAAGAUCUUUGACAGUUAAUCAUGAGAUAUAUCCAGGGAUGUACAAUUGCUCUCCCACCAGCAGUGGACAAGCAGCAACUGCUUUAUCAUCUCCACAGCUUACCCGAAGUUCUUCAGCUCUUUGCUCUUCUAUUGAAGAGGGCCUGCACAGUCCACAUGGUCAUCUUACACAACUGACUACAGUGGAGGACACGAGACAAGGUCCAAGGAAAAUGUUAGCUCCAACGCUGCUGCAGAGGCAUGGUCCUCACUCACCUCAGCCAUCCAACAACCAACUCAGUGGAGGGGACCACAAGUACAACCCAGUCUUCCAAAGCCAGCUGAUGCAACCCCUCCAAGCAGGUUACCAAGGAAGCUUUCACACCAUGCAAAACACCUUCCAGUAUGGUGAUACAUUUAGAACAAUGGAGCAAACAGCUAUUCAUAAUUCCCAUCCAGCAGAUGAUUCUCACUGUCCUGGUGCACCUCGGCAAAAUGGUUACCAUUCACUAAUUGCACAUGCCAGUCUAUCAGGUUUUGAUAUUGUCCCGGAAGCUCAAGGUACAUUUGGAGAAACAUUGCGUAAUGAGUUAGAAGACAAUGGACUCUUCCAGGUCAAUGCCAUUGACCGUUUUGUAAGUCAGCUGUCCUCUAUCUACACAGAGACCUGAAAUCAGUCUUAUUCUUCUGUGUUUUCCUGACUGGAUUAAAAACUGCUUGGCACAUCUUUGCUUGAGUUACUUACAAAGACUGAAUAUUAAACAAUUAUACUGAAUUAUUCAAUGUAUCUUAUUACAUUCCAACAUCCAUAGAUUAUUUACUAACUCCAUUGCUCAGCAUCCAAAAUGAAAUGAUAGGUAGAUAUUGUGUGUAUAAGCACAUCACUGUGCAUGUCUAUUAUACCAUGCUCAUAAGUGUUACCCCUGUGCAUAUCAGAUAAAUCAGCACAGUGAAUUUAAGCCUCAUCAACAGCAAACUUUUUUCAGUUCAUCAGCAAGUAGUUGGAGCCAACCGAUCAUUUUUGACAUAUCAUCUAAGAACCAUAUUAAAAUUGUUAAUUUUAUCCCAUGUUCAAAAUUGAAAUAAAGAAAAGGAACAAAAAAUGCAUUUUUACAUGUUUUGUACUAAUGAGUGGAGAAAUUGUAACAACAUUAAGAAUACUAAAACAAUUAAAUGAGAAAAAUGAUUUAGUCUAAUAACGUAAUUUAUCCACUAAGAAUACUAGCCCCACCCAUUCAAGGAACAGUUUAUGCAAAAACUUUCCAUCCUCAACUAUCAGGAGGGAAAACUCCAAAUGUGUCCUCAUCCUCACAUCUCCACUAUUCCAUUUUGGCUUGAGACCAACACCUGUAGUAUUGCAGCACCAUGAUUCAACCUUGUUUGCAACUGAAAUUGGAACAUUCCAUUUUUUAAAAAAUUAUACCUUUCUUUUACUUAAGCGUAAGUUACAAUACUUAAAAUCAGAAAAUGUUGGAAAUGCACAGCAGGUCAAAUGUAAUCUCAAAACUAAUUUACUUCUUAAUGUGUGCAGCCAUAAUUCCAAUUGCUUCUUCCAUUACUGUCUCUUAAAGACACUGUUAACGACCAUCUUUUUAGUUAUACCUCAUCACCACACCUUCGGCUUUUUUCCAAUUUUUCUCUGUGAAGUGCUUUGGGUGUUUUACUAGAUCAAAGGUGCUAUAUAACUCAAUUUUUUUUUUAAAUCAAGUGACCAACUUGCUGUGCAAUGACUGGGAGCUACACAAUUGGUAGCUCCCUGCCUCUGAGCUGGAAGGCAUUGAAUUCAUGUCCCAUGCCAGUAUUUGUUGGCUGCAAAGGAAACUAGCCAUUGGUGCAGGCAAGCCAGUGUGUUUCGAUGUUGGCCCCCAGCCUGGAUAAACAGGGAGGGUGGCAGAAAGAACAUUCAGCUGUAUAUCCACCCACUAAAUCCAAAGAAAAAGGUCGAUAUAAAGGUCAUUAACCAGCAUUGUGUUGAACCUACAUAACCUGAGAAAAACCAGAAGAUGGAACACUGGCUUGCUCAGCAUUUCUAGGACCUUCUGCCUCAUUUCCAUCAUUUGCAGUGUUUUGGUAACUGAAUACUAUGAAAUAUACUGUUGCUGUGCACUUUUGAUACUCAUGCUUCAGGCAUCCAGAUGUGCAAAAAAGCACCCUAUUUUGUAACUGUUGUUCAUAACUUGUUUUUCUUGCUAAGGACAAUGUAAAAUAUCAUGGGUAUAGGUUUGUAAAGAAUGUGUUACUUGCUAAUUUUAAAUCCAACUAUCCCCAGUCUCUUAAAGCUAGCAGAUCCUUUUUUGUACAAAACUGUUUGCGUCAACAUAAUGUACAUAAUGUAAGGAGUUUUGAGUAUUC